AUGAUGAUUGAUAAUAAAGCUUACUCUUCAUCAGAGAAUCAACAAUAUUUAAUUAGUUCCAAAUCGCUUUAUUUACGAAUAAAACGAUCCCUCUUCAAGAGUUUUGUGGCUAUAUACAGUUAUAAAUAUAGAUAUCAAGAUAAAAAAGAAACCAGACGAUUUACUGUCACCUUAUGAAAUGCUAUUGCAACCUUGCAAAUGGUCACUCUUAUCUGGUACCCAACUAUGUCCAUUUCAGGCUGAAGCACUUACAUGUGGUAUUGAAAAGCCCAAGCGUAUGCCAGCUUUGAUAGGAUUUGUGCUUCAAUAGGAGGUGGAUUGACAUGGUGCUUUUACGCAAGUGUGGGUAUUAUAGGCCUCAAUAUUUUUUGCUUAAUUUUUAUAGCUAUGCUGAUCUUUUUCGAAAAGAAAAUCCACCCUCUUCUUAUCUUUUUCCCAGGAAAGUGACUGCAAUUUUUAGUAACAAUAGGCAAUAUACCAAUGCUAAUGAUUUUAGCCAUGUUUACAAAAUUCUCAUUAAUAGGAAAUUCAGUUGAUCAAUAUGCAGGGAUUCAAAUUGGCACUAUAGAUGUAAGCCCAGCUGCAGCUUCAAUUAGUAUUGUUUGUAUGGCUAUUUGCAUUGGGCUAUCAAUACUUGGUGAGUUAUUUUCAUCUGAAACUAGGCAUGCAUAUGCUCACUAUAACUCUCUUGCCAGAUCAAGAUCAUUGCCUGACGUUUUAGCUAUCAUCGCUAUAGAAUUUUAUAUAUUUAUUUAUGUUUAUUUAAUCCCCAGUAAUAAGCAAAUUCUUGCUUAUUUGUGGGGACUUUAGCGCAAAUUUUUAUGAAUAGAUUAAAUUAUGCAUCAUUAGGGGUAAAUGCCAAAAAAUUGCAUUUUUUGACGUUUUAUCUGGAAGCCCAAAUAGCAAGCAAUAUUCGAUCUAUUUAUUAAAAAUUACUAUUUGAAAUUUUGUGUGCAAAAAUUUAAAUGGAUCAGCAAGAAUUCGCUAGCAAAGUUAGAGGAGAAUCUGCUUAUCUAUAGAUUUUUUUCUAUUUUCGUAAUUUUUAUGAUAGUAGCUUAUGUCUACUACAUAAAUCUUCCUUACUAUAACUUAUUUGCAAAUCAAAUUAAAGUCGCUAGGUUUUUUAUUGUAUCAUGUACAGGCCUAGCAUUUGCAGUUGGCACUUAUCUUGAUAGCUCUGGAAUAAUUUUACUGCUUGAAGGAGUAGUAAUUCCUAUACUAGCGGUGCUUGUAGCUAAUCAGGUAAACCGCCACUCUGCAAAUCUCGAUAUGAGUAAUCCAGUAGAUCAAUACCAAUUAGAAUUGCAGCUAAAUCCCUUUUGAAUUGAAAAUAUAGAUAAAUUUUCUUUUUUGGAUAUUUUGACCUCUUUAAAUUGGAACAAAUUUUAUUUAAAUAUAAUUUUAUAUAAAUUAGUUUGACUUAUUUUAAUGUUUUCUAGUGCAGAAGAAUAUAAUUUAAAUAUAUUAAAGUUUUUAAAUUAAAAGAUAAUUUCAAAUUUUAUAUUAAAUUUGUAUUUUUUUUAAAAAAUUUAACCCUUUAAAUUUUAACAGGAUCGUUUUUCCAAUCUAAACGAGGGAGCAAGAAAAGAACUUAUAAGUCCAAGAAAUGAAUAUGUCAGCUUAGUUGUGGAUAAAAUUUCACCUUACUAUAAUAAUCCCAAUUUCAAAACAAAUAAACUUUUAGCUGUAUGGGAAGCUUAUUAUUGUUUAUACGCCUUUAAAGAUAAUAGACUUGCACGAAUAAAAUUAGCUAGGACUUCUCAUCUUGCAGCAAAUCUGGAAAGCACUUUUCAAGAGCUAAAGUGUAAGCAGCUGUUAAAUAUAAAAGAAGCCAAUGCUUUUGAAGAUGUUGGAUUUUUAAUGUAUUUAAUGAAAAUGAGCAGAGCCAAAUCAGAAGACAAAAAAAUUUGUUUGCAAGUUUUAGGGUUUCUAGAAGAAAUCACGCUGAGAAAACCUAACAUAAAAAGGCUCCAGAAUUUCUCAAAAACAAUUUCAUUUCAGGUUUCUAUGGUGAAAAAAUGGUAUUUAGAAAUUGUAUCAAGUUAUCCCAAAAUGAUUAUUUCAAGAGAGCUUUAUGGGACUUUUUUAAGAGAUGUUAUGAGCGAUAGCGAUACAAAAUAUCUUUUAGGAAAUGAUAGAUCAAUUUCUGGGAUUAGUCCCGGCCUCAAAAUCAAUGAAGUUCGCUCCCAAAAUCUCUUUACAGAGGCCAAUGGAAUUUUAUGAAUUUCUGCAGAGAUUGAAACACUCGGGCAAAUUAUUUAUGCCAAUGAAACAAUGGCUAGCAUAUUAAAUAUAUCAGCAACGGAAUUAGCUGGGUCAAAGCUUUCUCAAUAUAUUCCAGAUCCUUAUUGUAAUGGCCAUAAUGCUAAACUCCAAAAAUUUAUUGACUCAUGCACGUCAUUAGAUGUAAAUAUCCCUUCUUCAUUAAUGCUGAGAAAUCCUAGAGGUUUUCUUGUAGAAUGCGAUCUACGUAGUCGACUUAUUGCUCUAAAGGGCGAACGGUAUUUUAUUGCAUCUAUAAGAAAAAUAAACACUAGUAGAGGCUGUGCUAUUCUGUCAGCAGAUGGUGCAAUUCAUAACUACAGUGAGAAUUUUGCAUCAAUGUUUGAUACAGUUCAAGAAAACCUAAAAGGCCAGUUAAUUACUGAUUUCAUCCCAAGUUACAUGCUUAUUACUCUAAAGCCAUUUGUUCCUGUUUUGACUAUACUUAACCAGAAAAAAGUUGCAAUUGUGCAUACUGUUAAGGAGUUCAAAAAUUUGACUAUGAAUGUUGCUUUAGUAGUCCAUGACCCUAUUGAAAUAGAGCAAUGGGAAAAAGGGCUUGAUUAUGAUCAAGGAGAAUAUAGAAGAUUAAAGCAAGCAGAUAGUAGUUUUAGUGAAAAAUAUUCUGACUACAAAAAGUCAGUUAAUUUUGAUGAUACACAAAUUUUAACAGAAAAAAUUCUAGAGUCAAUAAAGACUAAUGCUGUAGAAAAAUCUGAAAAAAAUGACAGCAAAUCUUUUUCUGGCUCGAGCAGCCUUUCAAAAUUUCAUGUAAAGCUACGAGCUGGCGUUCAAAAUGAACUAGUAAAAAAAUCAACUCUUGCGAUAACUAUUUUCCAGUGGGUAUUAUUUUGGAAUGUUGUAGCAAUUACAAUAGCUAGCAUUUCUCAAUUGAUUUAUUCAUCAAGCCAAGUGUCAAGUGCGAGCUCUAUCAAUUCUAUAAGAAAUUUAGCAAAUGUGCUCUAUUCAACAGCAGAUCUCGCCUCCUCUGCUAGAUUAAGUGACUGGGCUAUUCGUACAGGAUCAAGCUCGAUAGAUAAAAAUAUAAAAGAAGUCAAUAAUACUAUAUCAAAUUUAAUUGAAGUCAAUAAUGAUUUAUUUUCAGGGCUAAAAGACUGGACUGAAUGCUCUAGUCAAAAUUUAAUAUCAGACCAAAUCAUUCCCAAUUGAGAGCUAUCACAAGAUGGUCCUAUUUUUAAAACAAAUACAAUGACAGAUGUACUUAAUAAGUUUAUUUCCCAUGGGAAAAAUUAUAUAGCCUCUGCAUAUGAUUUUAAUUCGCAUAAAGAGGAUCUGUAUUAUAUUGUCAUGAAUGGUGUUGGGGAUUUUUAUAAGUUUACAAAUAGCUCAUUAGCCUCUUUGGUGAGUUGUGAGAUAUCAAAAGUUAAUGAAUUAAGCUCAACGAUUAGGCUGCUAUUAAUUUUAAGCUCCCUGGUGCUUGGAACGGGCAUAAUUGUUCUUAUACCAUUUUCUUUCAGAAUUAGUAAUAUUCAUAAUGAGCUUUGGGACUUUAUGGUACAAUUAACUUUAUUAGUUGGACAUGGUCUGAGAGAAAAAUGCUUAAGCCGACUGUCAAUUACUCAUGGCUAUGAAGCUUUUGAGUAUGCGAAUGAGCUCAUUGUAAGAAAGCAUACAGUUAUUGAAGCAAAUAAUCCCUGGUUAAUUAUUACUAAACUGUCGCUUUUGUUUUUAUUUGCUCUUGGCUUUGAAUUUACGAGAACAUUUGUGCUAUAUCAGACUUGUGAAGAAUAUUUAAACAACCGUUCAAGUUUAUUGCAGAUCGCAACGUAUAGAAGAGCGUUAAUUUUAGAGCUGGAUAUAUGGUCAAGGGAAAUUCCUUCACUUAAAAAUAAUCUGACGCUCACAGAUUUAUUUCCUGAAUCCUAUCGUUUUUCGGACAUUGAAACAGAAUACGAGAGUCUCUUGAAAAGAAUGUUCUUUUCAAACCAUCAAUUUAUGCAGCAAAAAUAUCAAAAUCUGCUCUCAAAUAAACUUAAAGAAUUUAUAUAUCGUCAAAUCGGCAGUCAAGAUUACAAUUCUUCGACUUAUGGCUCAUAUUCUGCAUAUAAUAUGGCAAUUCUGGACUCACUAAAUGUUGCGUUUUCUGAUGGAAAUAUAAGCGACUUGCACUAUUCUUUAAUGAAUUUAUUAGCACUUGAAGGAGAUGUGAUUGAUGGAAUCGAUGCAGACUCAAAAGAAAAAAUAAAUGCUCAGCUUGCAAUGAUUACAUUUGUUUCUAUUAUGUAUAUGAUUUUUUGCGCUGGAGCGUGCUUGCUUUAUUAUUUUCCGUAUUUGAAAGAAGAAAAAAAUAAGCUGACAGAGCUUCAGAGUAUGAUUUAUUUAUUACAAGCACCAUUACUAGGAGCUAAUAGAGCAUCUUUAGACUAA